AUGAUGUACUUGAUUCUGCUGAUAUGUGCUGGGUUUAUAGCUCGUGCUUCGGCAGCAUGUAGUCGAGCAAUGCUUCAGGAGGCAGCUGCCAGUUAUCGUGAGUACAUAACUCGAUAAGUAGGGUGCUUAUGCAUAUGAGCUGACAAUUUGCAAUCAGUUCGCACACAAAAUGCUGGGCUCUCUGUUCAAGCUUUUGCGGCCCUUGCCAACAAUGUUACAUAUGUUGAAAAUGAUGUACCAAUGGAUAUCAAUAAAGGGGUGUUGGCUCAGGCAGUGGUAGUCGACUUCGUAUGCCAAAUCCCACUUCAUUUCGUUGUCUUCUCGGCUUGAUGAUCCCAAGUAACUUGACAACCUGCCUCACUUUGUUCUCUUCUCAGCAUAAGGCUUGCUGCUAACAUAUCACAGAAUCGCAGUCUCCUUGACACAACCGAAUGCGCAACAUUCACAGAAAUAACCUCAGCAACCAGCAAACAUCCCUACGUAAUCCACACCCGCAUGCUCUUCGCCCCCGACCAAAAGAUAACCACCAUCCAAUCUGUCGUCGCCGACGCCGGAGACUGGGCCUUCAAUGCAACUGGCCAUCUCUACUGGACCCAAAAGGAAACAUGGACCCCCAUCCCGCACUCUGCACGCGACACCCGCGCGGUCAUCAAAGCCGCCGGCGACGCAUACCUCGACUCCUGGGGCGACUCCAAGGUCAAAGUUCCCUAUGGUACGCCCUGCGCCAGACUGGAAGGAGGCGCGUAUACAGGUGGUAGCAAGCCGAUGGCCAAUACGUGUACCAUGGGUGCCUUUCCUGAGCCGCUCAAGAUUGGGAGGAGGAGGUAUGUCAUUGAUGAGGAGCUGGGCGCGGUGGAUAUCUUCAAUGAUUUUCCGUUUAUUGAUACCACCCGUCCGGAGGGGGUGCCCUCUACGAAUCUUUUCCGGGUGGAGGGGGGAGGGAUUAGGUAUAUUCAUGAGAAUACGGUUUGUGUUGCGAGGAAUUGUGGGAGGUAGGUGGCUGAUUGAUUCUGUUGGAGAUAAGAAAGAACAGGGAUUUGUUCCGUGGAGGAUGGGAGGGAGGCCAGUGUUUUGUAGGGUAGGAUGGUUGUUUUGUGUAGUG